GGAUUGAUACUCACCGAUUCAGGCGACUAUAAAAGGGCUCCGAGAUCUCCGAUCUUUCUCUCACACUCGGCGCACUCGCUCAUUUUUCCCACAGAUCGAUCGACUUCGAAUUGAAAUUCUUUUUCUCUAUGAGGACCGGAAUGCGGUACCACGCUGGCGGUGAGGAUCACAGGCGGGAGUCUCAUUUUCUUGAAGCUUGUUUUCUCUGCCGGAGGCCGCUCGGAUUCAAUCGAGACAUUUUCAUGUACAGAGGAAACACGCCGUUCUGUAGCAAAGAGUGCCGGCAAGAACAGAUUGAGUUCGACGAAGCGCAAGAGAAGAGCUGGAGAAUCUCUUCGUCGUCGGCGUCGGCGUCUUCAUCGGCGCCUUUGGCAGAUAAAACGACGGCGUCUGGUAAGAAGAACGUACGAACGGAUACAGUUGCAGUGGCGUGAAGUUGGAUGAAGGAAUUUUGAGAAAAAGGGAAAAAAAUUAGGGGGAAAAACGGAACCCUAGAAAUUUUCGGGGAGAGUAAAAGAAAAAAAUCAAAUGAGAGGAAAAGAGAUUCAGAUUGAGAACAAUGAAGAUUGAGAAAAGAUUUGAAAUCUCUUAUUGUGAAGAAGAUUUGAUUGGCAGACACUAUACAGAUCAACUGUUCUGCUUCAAUCUUUUUACUCUGCUUUUUACUUUUUACAUUUUUUUUUUUUUUGGGUUUAUGGAGAUAUUCAUAUUACUCUGUUUACUAAAUUCUCUGGAAAAGAAAUUGAUGAUCUGCCAUGGAAA